AUGAGGUGGAUCCCUCUAGAAGCUAAUCCUCAGGUCCUGAAUGAAUAUAUGAAUAAACUUGGAGUUGUCGAAGAGUCAUGGAAAUUUAUAGACAUUUUUAGUUUGGAUGAUGAUAUGCUUGCAUUUGUACCAGAACCCGUGAUAAGCCUAUUAUUUUUAUAUCCUCUUGAAGCUUCCAUUGAAAAUGCUUCAUUAGGUGUUGAGGAUAACUCAUCCAAUGUUGUUUUGAUCAAACAAACGGUCGGUAAUGCUUGUGGAACUAUAGCUAUAUUACAUGCCAUAGUAAAUAAUAAACAACAUUUAAGCAUCAAAGAUGGUUCCUUUUUGAGCAGCGUUUUAAAGGAAUUCGAAAAUAAGACACCUGCUGAACGUGGAGUUAUCGUGGAGAGUAAAAAAGAAAUUUCUGCGUUGCAUGAAAAGUCAGCAUUAGAAGGUCAAACAGAAGCACCAAACGCUGAGUCAAAAACUAAUUUGCACUUCGUAUGUUUUGUUGAGCAUGAUGGAUCUCUAUAUGAACUCGAUGGUCGAAAAAAUGCACCCGUUCUCCAUGGAUCGAUAACAUCAGCUGGUUUUCUAAGAGAUGCAUGCAAUGUAGUCAAAAAGUUCAUCACUUGUUUACCUGGAAGUGUAGAAUUCAGUUUGAUGGGAUUAUGUUCUGAUAAUAACUGA